UGGCGCUAUCGAUUGUUCUCCACCUCUAACACUGCACGUGUUUUUGUUAACAAAUUGGUUUAUAUUCGUUUGGUUUUGCUUAGAUUUGCAAAUCUAAGAGUUGCGCUAUGGGCAAAAAAAGCAAGGGCGCCGCGUCCAACCUGGGCCGCCAGCUCAUUAAGGAUCGCUUUGGUCACACACCGCGCCGCAAGGUGGACAACGACACGAUGUUGCACACCACCGAGUUACAGGAUGGCUACGAUUGGGGCCGCCUGAACUUGUCCUCAGUUACCGAGGAGUCUUCGUUCCAGGCCUUCCUGCGCACUGCUGAGCUGGCCGGCACAGAGUUCCAAGCCGAAAAGCUUAACAUUACGUUUGUGAACCCCAAACAGCGCGUGGGUCUGCUUAGUAAGACGCAGGAGCAGCGUAUGCAUCAAAAGCACGAUGAGCACCGUAACCAGCUUAAAAUCCCGCGACGUCCCAAAUGGAACAAGGACACUAGUGCUGAGGAGCUGGAGCGGGCCGAGAACGAGGCCUUUCUCGACUGGCGCCGCGAUCUGGCGCUGUUGCAGGAAGAUGAGGAGAUCCUGAUGACGCCAUAUGAAAAGAACCUCGAGUUCUGGCGCCAGCUCUGGCGUGUGGUGGAGCGCUCUGACGUUGUUGUUCAAAUUGUAGACGCACGCAACCCGCUUUUGUUUCGUAGUGUUGACCUGGAGCAUUACGUGAAGGAGGUGGAUCCAAACAAAAUGAACAUGAUUUUGGUAAACAAAUCGGACCUGCUUACUACAGAGCAGCGACGUCACUGGGCGGAGUACUUUGACAGCGAGGGCAUUCGCACGGCAUUUUACUCAGCCACUUUGGUGGAGGAAGAGUUGAAGCGCGAAGCAGAGGCUGGGCGCCAGGAAUCAUUUUCCGAGGUGCAACAGUUACGUGAGGCCGUCGAGGAGAUUCACCAGUCACUGGACAAAGUAGAGGACACAUUAAGUGCCAUCGAGCAGAAGCUCAGAGUGGACAUUGAACAGAAGGACGAUAAGCUGCCGCGCCUACCGGAGGACAAGAACAGUCCUCGUCUGCUGACCCGCCUGGAGCUUAUCGAGUUCCUAAGGCACAUUUACAACGGUCCGCGUCACACGGAUCAGCACGUUACCAUAGGCAUGGUUGGCUAUCCUAACGUUGGCAAAAGUAGCACCAUUAACUCGUUGAUGACUGUCAAGAAGGUGUCCGUCUCAGCCACUCCCGGCAAAACCAAACGCUUUCAGACGCUGUUUCUGGACAAGGACAUCCUGCUCUGCGACUGUCCUGGCCUGGUGAUGCCCAGCUUCGUGCUGACCAAGGCGGACAUGUUGCUCAAUGGUAUUUUACCCAUCGACCAGAUGCGUGAUCAUGUUCCCGCCGUCAACCUGCUGUGCGAGCGUAUCCCGCGUCAUAUACUGGAGGAUAAAUACGGUAUCGUGAUAGCCAAGCCGCUGGAAGGCGAGGACAUGGAACGUCCACCGCACUCCGAGGAGUUGUUGCUGGCCUAUGGAUACAAUCGCGGUUUUAUGACUUCCAACGGGCAACCGGAUCAGGCGCGUUCCGCCAGAUAUGUACUCAAAGACUACGUCAAUGGAAAACUGCUUUUCGCCUUGGGUCCGCCCUCGGUACCUCAGUCUGAGUAUCACACAUUUCCCGAACGUCAGCGCAAAGUCGUCGAGGAAUCGCAACUACCCAGCCAGCAGCAACGAGCAAUGCGGAUUGACAAGAGCACCUCCAAAGAGCUGGAUAAGCAGUUUUUUUCCGACAAGCCCACCCACGCCCACGUAAAGGGACGCACAAAUUUCCCAAACGUACGCUUAGCUAACGACGGCUCACUGGUUGCCGCAAAUGAUCCAUCAGCCAAACCUUGGCGUCACGUGAAGAAGGAAAGGCGCGAGAAGCUGCGCAAGAAGUUCUCGCACCUAGAUGAGCACUGAUUGUAGUGUUUUAGUCAUUUAUGUCCAAGGGCGUAUCUAAAAGGUUCUUGUAAUAUAUUAGCAUAGAUUUAGUUAGCUAUUAAAGUUCCCUGAACCUAAA